CCUUUGAACUUUGUAUCUGAGCAUUGUUGUUGGCGAGUUCAGGUCAGUUGAGGACAAAACCAAACUCUCCACUGUUUAGCACUAAAAAUACCACUUUUGUUGCUGCUUUAUGAGCUUUUACAGGAUUGAGAUUACUUUCCAGUGCUUGGUGACUAGCAGUGAGGAUAUAACGACCGUUGCUUCACGGAAAACCGCGAAAUUGGCCACUACACCGCUGACCUCCUGUAAAUCAUCACGCAACAAAACUACGGUACCGGUCGCUUAAAAGUCUUGCAAAUUUGUGGCACAGUACUACACUACUAGUAGUUUAUUCCCAUGAUGGCGUGAUAGUGGAGGCCUUGAGGCAACCUGAAAUAGAUUGUGACACACAGAUCGCCGUGAGAAAGACUUGAUACCGGCAUGGCCGCACUGAGCUUGUGUAACACAGAAGCAGUGAUCUGAUACCUUCACAAUCAGUACUAAAAAUCUGUUCACACUUCACACCACAAUCAGUCCCAGACAUGUCGUAUCUCCUGUUCUCUGCGGGAUCUGCCCUGCUCUGUACGUUCCUCCUGCUCGUGGCCUCUCCGCCAACCUCGCAUUCUGACGUCCGCACUGACAUGGAGAAACUGGACGCUCUCAGAAGGACCAUCCAGAAGGGAAGAUUUUCAGAGGCAGGGUCCCAGACCAACUGGGAGUGUGAGCUCUGUGAAGUUGGAGUGACCAUUUUGAAGAAAACUUAUGGUGAAAAUAAAUUCCAGGAUGAGGUUGCUGCAGCCCUAACCCAGCUGUGUAUCUUGUCUAAGCUACAAGACAAGACCAUGUGCACAGGCUUCACAAAGGAAUUUAAGCAUGAGAUAGUGACAAUAAUUGGGCAGACUCCGCUGAGCUCGGCUGAAGUGUGCGGGCUGGUCGUGAGCGACUGUAGCGGUCCGUACGACCCGACAAAGUUCUGGAAGGUCACCCUACCCAACACUCCCAAACCUCCUGUCACUCCACCCAAGCCUCCUAAGCCAGGUGCUCCAGUGAGUCGAGUCCUGUUCCUGUCCGAUGUCCAUGUGGACCUACUGUACAAACCUGGGGCAAAUGCCUACUGUGGGGAGUAUCUGUGUUGUAGGGCCAACAGCCCAGCAGGCAAAGAAGGCCCCAAACCUGCGGGUAAGUGGGGAGACUACAGAUACUGUGACACUCCACUGUGGACACUGGAAAACCUGCUGCAACACCUGGCACAGAAACAGUCUGAGUUUGACUAUGCCAUCUGGACAGGCGACAUCCCACCACACAACAUUUGGAACCAGUCACGUUCAGACCAGCUGAAUGCCCUAAACAUAGUGUCUGACAUGAUUCUGAAAUAUCUAAAAAUCCCAAUCUACCCCUCCCUCGGGAACCACGAGAGCGCACCCGUUAACAGUUUCCCCCCUCCCUUUGUUUCUGGAAAAGACUCCAUCUCUUGGCUGUACGAUGCCCUGGCUGAAACAUGGACACAUUGGACACCUGUCAGUACCAAGAGUAACAUUGAAAGAGGUGCAUUUUACUCCGUCCUUGUGCGACCCGGUCUCCGCCUGAUCUCCAUCAACACUAACUACUGUUACAACCUGAACUGGUGGCUGCUGCUGAACACCACAGACCCUGCAGGCCAGCUGCAGUGGCUCACUCAACAGCUGCAGCAGGCUGAGGACAAAGGGGAAAAGGUACACAUCAUUGGACACAUUCCACCUGGGAUAGACUGUCUGAGUGCCUGGAGCUGGAACUAUUACAGAAUCAUAGACAGAUAUGAAAGCACAGUGGCUGCCCAGUUCUUCGGACACACCCAUCGCGACCACUUUGAGCUGUUUUACGACAUGAAGAAUCGUACGAGGCCCACCAACAUCGCGUACAUCGGGCCUAGUGUCACGACGUACCAGUAUAUGAACCCUGGGUACAGAGUGUAUGAAAUAGAUGGGAAUUAUCCAGAAAGCUCCAUGCAGGUAGUGAACCAGCAGACUUACAUCAUGAACCUGACAGAAGCCAACCUGACAGACAAACCAACAUGGCAACUGGAGUAUGACACUAAGGAGGCCUACAACAUGUCGUCGAUGACUCCUGCAGACUGGGACAAAUUUAUUCAGAGGCUGGAGAAAGACACUGAACUCUUUAAGACGUUCUACAGGUAUAUGUACAAGUCACAGCGGACCGAUCAACCCUUUACCCAGAAGCGCAGGACUGCCGUGAUCUGUGACCUGAAGACGGCCCGUAGCAACGACCCCAGCAUGUGCACUUUGACCCCCGAGGUCACAUGGAAGGACCUACAGAACUACCGGACAGCCAACAGGCUCUGCUGACAGGGAAUCUGGUCUUUCCAGAACCAGGAAAAAGGUUUUAGUCUCAAAAGAAAACCAAGCUCAAUCAACAAAUUAUUCAUCUUCAAAAAUUUGGAUAAUC